AUGGCUCCAAACCAGACCUACACCACUGCCAUGUCAACUUCAUCAAACGUCAUCGUUGACGGUGGUCUCUCUACGACAAGUCAAAAACUCACAACGCUGUACAGGACAUCUCAACAACCACAACAGCACUGCCUGGGAGCUCGAACACAUCCACAAACACUGAGUCAACACAAUCAACUUUGACCCCUACAGUUAAUGCUAAAUCUGCAGCCACCACAGUCCCAGGCAUAGUCCCCUCCCACUGCACCAACCACCCAAGCAGCCAUGACCACUGA